AUGAGCAGGACACUGCUGGCAGGCAGGAUGCAGCCAGAGAUCCGCAGCGUCUGUGUCUUCCUGCCCACCCGUGAGCAGCUCAGCCUGGCCGUGGGGGUCAAAGCCACUGGACAAGAGCUCUUUCAGCAAGUUUGUGAUUUAGUGAAGAUUAAAGAGCCUCACUUCUUUGGCCUCAGCAUUGUUAAAAAUAAUGAAUAUGUUUUUAUAGACCUGGAGCAGAAGCUUAGCAAAUACUUUUCAAAGGAAUGGAAGAAAGAGACCACCAAAGGGACAGAGAAAUUCAGCCCUCCAUUUGUUGCAUUCUUUAGAGUACAAUACUAUGUAGAAAAUGGAAGAGUAAUAGGCGAUAAGGUGGCACGGCAGCUCUACUACUGCCAUCUCAAAGAGCAAGUGCUUAUGUCUCAUUGCAACCACAAAGAAGAAAUCUACUUCUUGCUGGCUGCCUACAGCUUACAGGCAGACUUGGGCAACUACAGAGAGAAGGUCCACGCUGGCAAAUAUUUUGAACCUCAGGCUUAUUUCCCACAAUGGAUAAUUGCAAAGAGGGGGAGCGACUACAUCUUGAGACAUGCCCCAGAGAUGCACCGGGAGCAGCAAGGGCUGAGCGCUAAGGAAGCGGUGCUGAAGUUCAUUAAGGAGUCUUGCCUGCUGGAAGAUGUGCCCGUCCACUUCUACAGGCUGCAGAAGGAUAAGAAGGAGGAUCGACCGACAGUUAUCCUGGGCCUGACCCUGAGAGGAAUGCACAUCUAUCAGGAGGUGAAUCACGUUCGCCAGCUCCUCUACGACUUUCCCUGGUCACACAUUGGGAAGCUGGCCUUCCUGGGGAAAAAAUUUGAAAUCCAGCCAGAUGGUUUGCCCUCUGCACGGAAACUCGUUUACUACACGGGUUGCCCCUUCAGGUCACGCCAUUUGCUGCAGCUACUCAGCAACAGCCACCGGCUCUUUCUGAAUAUUCAGCCAGUUUUGAAGCAGAUCCAAAAACUGGAGGAGGCUGAAGAGAAGAAGCGCUACCGGGAGUCCUACAUCAGUGACACUCUGGACAUGGACCUGGACCCGUGUGACAAGAACUCCCGUGGCAGUGGGAGCAGCGGGGGCAGCCGCAGGGAUAACCGCCUGUCGCGCCAGUCCACCGGGAGCCACGGCAGCUCCCACACCUCGGGCAUCGAGGCUGACUCCCGGCACCGUGUGUCCGUGGAGAUGUCGGUGGAUGAGCCCUUCGGCAUUGACCGCGUGCACAGGAAAGAGCAAUCCUGCAGCUCAACCAUCAGCUACGGGAGCUCUGGCAUUGACAGUGGCAGCAAAGGGCGGGCUGAAGAUGACGCGCAGGAUGAUGAGCUUGAGCUGGCAGUAGAUGAGCCAGAGGAGAUGCCUGUAGAUGAGCCUUUAGAGGGAGACCAGUUAGAGGAGGCCACUGUGGGAGAAUCUGUUGAAUCCCUGCCUCUAGAUGCUGCUAGCUGCCAAGCUGUAAAUCAGGAAUCUCUGUCUGUGGUGCAAGUCACGCUAAUCAAAAUGAGAGGCCAAAGUGUGGAAUCCCUUCACCAGGUCAGAUCGCCCAAAAGCUGGAGCUGCAUGGAGCAGCACAGCCAGAGUUUGGAUGACAUCCGCCUGUACAAGCGCCGGCACCCGUCGCUAAGUGCCACGCUGUCUUCAGACACGUCCCACAGCUACACCUUCGGCUGCAGCCUCGAGGACAAGCUGUCUGUCUACGGCUGCGUCUACUCCACAGCGGACUGCAAAACCAAGUCUGCCCUUUACGGGAAGCGAUCCAUGAACUGCCUCUCCUUGGAUCUUCUGGGAGAGGACCAGCUCCCAGAGGAGUUUGUGGUGUAAUGAGAUCGGAGCUCUUCCAUACCAGGAAACAGCUCAUCAUGGCAAUAUAUACCUCAUUAACACGUGUGAUGUCACUCUGGUUCUUGCGGGAGAUGGUGAGCAGCUUUGUUACUCAGCUCUGUAUCAGUAAGUGGCAUCACUUCUGCAGAGCUGGCUACAGGGCAGAUCAACUGGAGUGUAGCACUUAACACUGGCAUUGGUGGUGUCUGUCUGAGCAGAAAGUGGAAGUGGCCUGCACCCUUGGAAGGGGCACAAUCAACAUAAAAACCAAAAAACAGUGGACCAAAACUGACACUGAGCUAGUAAAGCAAACUUUGUGAAUAUGGAUUAAUCAGAAAUUUAAAGUUUGUCAUGUUCCUGCCUUUCUCUUGUGGUCCAUGUCUCUUAAUUUUAGUGUACAGAUAGUUUGUCUUCAGUUUGUGCUGCUGCAACAUUGCCAACAGCUGUCAGGCCAGGAUAUACUCUAAGCACAUUUGGAGGGCUGUGUAUGGAAGUGUCUGGCCUGUUUCAGUUGUAAUGAACACAAGUUGCUUAUUCACUGCACUGCGGCAAGACCUGCU